GCUUGUGUGGAGUUGGGGGGAGGUCCAUUGUCCACGCAGGCACCUGGCUAGCUUGUCAGGAGCUGCUGCUUUCCAGGGCUGAAGGGGGGCGCCCGCCUCUUCUUCUCUUCCAGAGAAAAAAGCAAGCUAGGGGACGAGGCGAGGACAGUUGCCUCUUGCAGACCUUUCAGGUCGGGCUGGCGACUGAGAGACGGAGCGCGGCGAGCGAGAGAGGAAGACAGACGGAUUUUGGACCGGCUGCGGGUUGCGGCCGGCAGAAGCUUGGUUAAGCUUGCCGAGUAAUUCUCGCUCUCUCCUUCAAUCAACCAACGCAAACGAGGUCUCUCCGGGCAGACCGCCGGCGCCCAGCACACAAAGUAGCAGCCCAGAGCAUCCGCCGCCGAGCGCCCGAGAACCAGACGACCGCGCGGAGCCCGGCGAGGCUGGCAAGCGCCCCCGGGCCGCGCCAGGCAUGGGAAGCAAGCGCUGCUUCGCCAACCGCUUCGAUGACUACACGGGAAGCCUGCUGGCCGGGAAAUGCAAGGAGGCGGCGUUGCCCUUGGUGACGGCCACCGUGGACCACAUCCUCAAGGAGCUGCCGGCCCCGGCCGGCACCGAAGCGGCCGGUGGCCUGCGCUGCUAUCAGGGGGGCCUCUAUGGCGGCGUGGCCGGCGUGGCCUACAUGCUGUAUCAAGUCGCGCAGUGCCCCCUCUUCGCUCAGGCGCGGGACGCCCACCUGCGGGUGGCCAAGCAACUGAUCGACGCCUGCGUGCGCUACGAGGAGUACUGGGGCGAAAACGACCCCGACACCCGCGCCGCUUUCCUGCUCGGGGGCGCCGGCGUCUACGCCGUGGCCGCCCUGGUCUCCCAGGCGCUCGGACUACCCGACUGGGCCAAGUCGCUGGACAAGUUUCGGGAGCUGUGCGACUUGUGCGUCCCCAUCUCCUUCCUUGAGUGCGGAUCCGACGAGCUCUUCGUGGGCCGCGCCGGCUAUCUGUGCGCUGCCCUGGUGCUGAAGCAGAAGCUGGGGAUGGAGAUACUGACUCCAACCCAAAUCAAGUCAAUUUGUCAAGCAAUGUUAGAAUCUGGGAAACAAUAUGCGCUGAGGAAAAGAAAACCAGUUCCCCUCAUGUAUUCGUACUAUGGGACAGAAUAUCUUGGAGCUGCCCAUGGACUCUCAUCUAUCCUACAAAUGCUGCUUUCCUAUUACGAAUAUCUCCCACCUGCUGAUCAGGAACUUGUAUGGCAGAGUGUUGAUUUUCUCAUGGAUCAAGAACAAAAUUGCAACUGGCCUCCGGAAUUGGGAGAAAUGAUUGAGCGAGAGAAUGAACUUGUACACUGGUGUCAUGGCGCUCCAGGCAUUGCAUACAUGUUUGCAAAAGCAUAUUUGGUUUCUAAAAAACCCCAGUAUCUAGACAGUUGUAUCCGCUGCGGAGAGCUAACUUGGCAGAAAGGACUACUAAAAAAAGGACCCGGAAUAUGUCAUGGUGUGGCUGGCAGUGCUUAUGUGUUCCUGCUCCUAUACAGGCUAACAGGAAAUUCUAAAUACAUGUACAGAGCACAAAGGUGUGUGGAAGUUUUUUAUAUUUACUUUCAUGCAGGUAGAGUGGAAGAGCCUUAUGUCAGUAUCACUAAGAAAAGACAGAUGCCAAAAGAUGGACAUUCAGAAGAGGUUGAGAAGGAAGUAGGCCAGGCAGAAGGGAAGCUGUUUACACAUAGAUCUGCAUUUAGUCGAGCAUCAGUGAUUCAAGCUUUCCUAGGAUCUGCACCUCAGCUAACACUUCAGCUUUACAUCUGUGUCCUGCAACAAGAGAUCACAGCAGCUAGAAGUAUCUUCAUGGUUCUUUCCCUCCUGUCAAUUGUGUAUGGAGCAUUGCGAUGCAAUAUUCUGGCCAUUAAGAUCAAGUAUGACGAUUAUGACAUCAGUGUGAAACCUGCUGCCUACCUUUGCAUUUUCCUCUGGAGGAGUUUUGAGAUUGCAACAAGGGUGAUAGUCCUCGUCCUCUUCAGUUCAGUUCUUCAGAUCUGGAUCCUGCCUGUGGUGCUGGUGAAUUUUUUUGCUUUUUUCUUUCAUCCUUGGAUUCAGUUCUGGCAAAGCAAGUGUACUCUGCCAGAAAACAUAGAGAAGGCCUUGAGCAAAGUAGGCACCACCAUUGUCUUAUGUCUCCUCACUUUCCUGUAUGCCGGCAUCAAUAUGUUUUGCUGGUCAGCGGUGCAGCUGAAGCUUAAUGAUUCUGAUUUAAUUGACAAAUCCCCAAACUGGAGUAGGCUGGCUUUGUACUAUUUGCUGAGGUUCUUUGAGAAUGCUUUUCUCUUACUAAUGUGGUACAAAUACAAGACAGAUGUCUACACAUACGUAUGUGCUCCAAUGCUGUUCUUGCAACUGCUGAUUGGCUACUGCAUAGCUGUCCUUUUUAUGCUUGUGUUCUACCAGUUCUGCCAUCCAUGCAAGAAGCUUUUUUCCUCCAAUAUUUGUGAAGGAUUGGUCAUAUGCUUCAAGUUUUUUUGUCACGUCUGCAAACCUCUGACAUCUAGCAACUCUGUAGAAAAGGAGAACUUGAAAUCCCCAGAGAAUACUGAAAAUGGUGCCCAGGCUAGUUACAAGGCAAAUGAAUCCCAAAAUGGAAGCACUCAGCAGAGUGUAUCUUCUAAUGCAUAGAGAGGGUAUCUGAGUCUCACAAGACCCUGCAAAGAAUAGCACUUCAGACCUUCUUUUGCUCAUAAAACAGGUAUAAUAAAUGGGAUGUGUCAACAUUAUAUCUUAGCCAAUGUUUGUAGGUUUAUCGUAUGCAAUGAGUUUGUACAAAGGUUUCUCCUUUCCAAGGUCUUGUGCUUAUUAUGAUAGAAAGCAUGUUUUCCUAGCAAGUUGUUGCAGCUUUGGUUUGAUUGUGCAGAAAGUGUGUAGGUAAUGAAAUGCCAACCAUGCUUAGCUACAGAUUGUGAUUAUUGGGAUUAUGUAGUUCAUGGAGCCAUGUCCAGAUGCUGACAGAUCAAACACUUUGCCCCAGUGAGCUUCUCCUAGCUCAUAUAAUAUGACAAUGCAUUGACCAAGUAAUUUACUCAAGAAAUAUUCCAGGAUUAAAAAGUGUAAUAGAAAAGAAAGGAACAGAACAUCAUGGACCUAUUUGUUGUAUCAGGGACAUUCCAAACAAAUCUUAUUUGAUUCUUUGACAAAGUGACUAAAUUAGUGGACCAGGGAAAUGCUGUGGACAUAAUAGAUUUGGAUUUCAAUAAGACAUUUGGUAAAGUAGAAUACAAUCUAGUUUUGGUCGGUUAAAAAAAUGUGGAUAGACAGCAUCACUGGCAGAUGGAUUUAUAACUGGCUGACAAAUCUCUCUCAAUGUGCAGUCCAUAAUGGAAGUAUAUCUAUAUGGAGGGAAAUAUGCAGGGUGGUGACACAAGGUUCUGUCUUAGGACCAGUAAUCUUCAUCAUUUUUAUAAAUGAUUUAGAUGAGGGA